UAGAUGAGAGGCGGCUCGGUUAAGCCACGCCUCCACUAAACCUCGAAUCAUUGGUAAUGCACAGUGCAGCUGUCGCUUAUAACGCGUUAUAGACGCACACAGUCGCGAUCAUCGUCAGGUCAGUCAGAGGAACAUGUCCGAGCGCAUCGGCUUCAUCACUCGCGUGCAGAGCUUCAGCGCCUGCCAUCGAUUACACAGCAAAUCUUUAAGUGAUGAGGAGAAUAAACAAAUAUUUGGAAAAUGCAACAAUCCUAACGGCCAUGGUCAUAAUUAUAAAGUUGAAGUGACGGUUCGAGGAAAGAUCGACAGGAACACGGGAAUGGUUAUGAAUCUUACUGACCUAAAGGAAUGUAUUGAGGAAGCCAUCAUGAAACCUCUUGACCAUAAAAAUCUGGACCGGGAUGUCCCUUACUUUGCAGAUGUUGUCAGCACCACAGAAAACCUGUCCGUCUUUAUUUGGGACGGCAUGGCGAAGCUUCUCCCGCCGGGCAGCCUGUAUGAGAUCAAAGUGUAUGAAACGGACAAGAAUAUUGUUGUAUAUAGAGGAGAAUAGAGUCAUUGAUCUCAGUACAGCAGAAAAGCUUUCGUGGCUUUAGAAAGUGUAUUAGGUGAGAGCGGCACCUGCUGCGCUUCAUUCAGAACAUGGACAACAAUAUGGGAUUAAUGUAAGUCACUGAGACUGAGGCUCAUCUGUGAGACUGAUCCUAUUAAACACAGAGAUUACACACACACAGACCCAAACUAAUUAAGUCUCAGCAACUCAUCUUUUACGUUUCUCAAAGCCUUUUUAACAAAAGAAGGCUUGUUUGUAUUUUCAAAAUAUUUGUAUUAAUGAAUAAUGAAAAUGUUUUGAUCAUAUUCAUUUUUUUAGUACUUAAAUCUGUUGGCAUUUUAAUGUUUUUCAAAGCUUUUGCUGACCAAUAGAUGGUGCUGCAAAUGUAUCGAUUGCAUUCCAAUAAACUUUAUAUAUCAAGAUGGAAAUCUUGUGAAAUCGUGGAAAAGAUGCUAUAGAUUUUCAUAUGUUGUUGUUCUAGAUGUUUGACUGUGAAUUCUGUGUUGGAGAUUAUUUGGUUACACUUUAUUUUAAGGUGUCAUGGUUACAGUGUAAUUAUAAAUUGAAAUACUGAGUAAUAUUAAUGAACAACAUGUACUUACUAUAGGAUUAGGGUUUGGCCGAGGGUUAGUUGCAUGUAAUUAUGCAUAAUUUGCUGUUAUUACUAUGGUAAAUGCAUGUAAUAUAUGUAACAAUGACACUGUAAAAUAAAAUGUUGCCCAUUA